GCCCUUAGGCGCCGUUGGGUCCUUCUUAGACAGGAGGCGCUUCCGUGACGUCAUUCAUAAACAAACCUUUACUUAACAGCUUGAUUGAAGAGAGCUGAAUGGAGCCAAAGUCUCAGUAAAGCCUGAGCAGAUGCAAAAUAUACUGCAGAAGGGGGACGGUUAGUUUAACGAGGACACAAGAUGGAUAUCUUCUGUUUUUCAUAGUGCUGUUUGCAUGGCGGGCUGAGUGAGGCCACAGUGGGAGUUGACCAUUCGCGACGUUUAGCACUGCUCAACUGGGAUGCUCGAUGUUAAGGGAUGUCAGUCUCGCUGGUUUUUUUGUGUGCACGUAAAGUGGUGUCGGACCACGGCUCUGCUCUGAAUUCAUUGCCAUACGUCCCUCAUGAGUUGUAUCCAAUCCUUUUUAAGGCUGCUUUUUUGGAUCAACGACCACUGGUAAUUGUGGAGCUGGUUAGACGCUGGCCCCUCCCAGUACUCAGCCUUGUUCGGCUCUUGCAGGGAUGCCAUCACUACCACUAUGACCUUAGCCAGGACCGGCCUAGUCGAUGUUGCCUGCAGGCUGUUCUGCUCACUAUAGUUAAGAAUUUGACAGAGAAGACAAGAAAUGGAAGGCGUGUUCUGAGAGUUCUGGAUUUAUGUGGUGUUCAGGAUGAGGGAGGAAGGCCUGAGCCCAAUUCUAUGGGUGGAUUGUCCCGCACAGUGGCAAUAGCAAAGGCUUGCCUAGAAGUAGCUAAAGUGCGGCGAGGAGAGAACACCACAGAGUCUGCCUCCAAACGCAGGAGAAAUACUGCGUAUAUAGAAGAUACUGAGGUAGUACAAUCCCUGGCUCUAGAGGUAGAGGUGAGAGCAGAUAUGUUUGUCAAUGCCAGCUCCUAUGAGUGUGUAAAGCAGGCCCUACAAGCCAAAGGUCCCAUGAGACUUUUGUGUCGGGAUCUUCGAGCUGAAGAAUUGUCUGCUCAGCGCACUGCAACUUUGCUGGAACUCCUGGAACCUCUCCCCCUACGUAGAGUGGAUUUGCGCUACAACAACUUGGGUCUUGCUGGUAUCAACCUUCUUUUGCCAAUUUUGGCAAAGUUCCCUUCCCUCAUGAGCUUGCGUCUACUGUACAUCAAUGUUGAUAUACGUCAUGGAACUCCUGACACAGAGAGUGGACUUCGAGAAAUGGCAGCCGGACUGGGUCGGCUUCGAAAACUAAGGGAAUUGAAUCUAACAUCUUUGCGUCUCUCCAACAAACUCCGGCUUUUGUUGAGCUCUUUGGAGAGAGCCCUGGAAGUUGUGGAGCUGAACUAUUUCUAUCUGACCUCAAGCGACCUAUACUACCUUGCUGAGAGUCCACACGCUUGUUUUCUACGGAAACUGGACCUUAGUGGGAAUAGUUUCAACGAGGCACUUCUUCCACCCCUACAGCGCCUAUUAUGUGAAGCAUCAGUAUCUCUUAGGUAUCUUGUGCUUUCAGGCUGCAACCUAACAGAUCACUUGGUAGGCACCCUCUUGACAUCUCUGCGUCGUUGUAGAAAUCUCUACAGCUUAGGCUGUUCUUUAAACCCAAUAUCCACAGAGGGACUGAUGUCUCUGGUGCUUGUAGCCACUGAGCUUCCACAACUGCAGCUUCUUGUCCAUCCACAGCCCACAGACUGUUAUGAGGAUGGACUGCCACAGCCGCCCUCUUACUAUAACUUAAUGGAGUUUCCAGUCAACCCUGAUAGACUUGUUCAGGCUCUGGCAGAACUAAGGAAGGCUGUAGAGCAGAAGGGUCGGACAGACCUAGUGCUUUCUACUGACCUCUAUAAUUACAGGACUGCCGACUUGCUGGAGGAGUAAAGUGUAAGCUUCAUAAGCACUACAGGAAUUACAAAUUUAUUAAAACCAAAAAUUACCUGUCUUGUUGCAAAGUAAAACAAAAUUACAGGUGAUGUGCACUGUCAGAUGUGUAAAGUUCCAAUGAUUCAUUUCAUACAGUAAUAAGAUGAUAACUAUAUAUCUGGAUGAUUCAUAAUAUUCUUUUAAAAGAAAUAAAAUCUUUCUUAAAAAAAAAAAAAAGCAAAUCAAGUUGUUUUAUACAUGUAACUAUUAAGCAUUUCACCUGUUAGUUUUGCAUUGCUCCUUAGUAGGAUGCUUCAGUUUUUUCAUAAUUUAAAAGAUUAUAUUUGGUAGAGGUGUUUAGAUAGCUCAGGUUGUUGAAUAUUUUAAAAUGGAUGCAUGGUGAAAAAAAGGUAAUGUUUAGGUGAAUUGCAAAAUUAAUUGCAAUGCUACACAUGAAGGCAAAAGCUAUGGGUAUAGAGUUGCCAGUUCACAAUCCUCAUUGUUUUAAAUUAGUUAAUUUAUAUAAUGUGAUCACCAAAAGCCAAAUCUCAUUUUUUUGAGUAUUUUAUUUAUGCCUUUAGCUUAUUUCAUGUUAUUGUUAUGAAUCUCUCCUCUAUGACUUCUGGAAUGUAUGUGGAUGGACGGAACACUAUUAAUCCAGAAUGUAGAGGUAGGGUGGGUACUGUGUUAACUAUUAUGGAUGCAACAAGAAAUCAAGCAGAAUGACCCCUUUUAUUGGCUAACUGUACAAAUU